UAAAAAAGAAACCUUUUAUAGCGUUGCCGACUUGCCGUGUCGUCCUCGAUAUUUCGUUUCCCUCUCGCCUCCUUUCACGCGAAACAAUCGAAUCCCCCUCUCUAUCUCAUCCCCCACGAUCGAUCCAACUCGUUCGAGCAAUCGAAUCCCCAGGUGAAGCUCUGUGCUUCGAUAAGUCGUUAGUUCUGAAUGAAUUCAUGGCUAACCAUGAAGGAAUGAUUUCAUUUUCUUCCCUUUUAAAACUUGAUAAUUUUAGUCAAAAGGAUAAGACCUUCAGUUCUGAUCUUCCUAGUGGCAAUCCAAAGUCUUCAUCACGUUCAAAAUCUUUACAACCGGAAUAUCUUUACCCCCCCACAAUGGAAUCGGAUCUUCUGGACGAGGUUUAUGAUUCAAGUGAGGAUCCUACUAUCUUUUCAAAACCCCAUGCUAAUCCUGAAGUGAAUUUGAAAAAUGUAUUUACUGGGUUAGUUGCCAUUCUCACUGGCCAAAGCCGAGCGCGUAACAGUGAUCCACCACAGCGAAGCUGUAGCUCUGAUAUAUCAUUUCUUAGGUCUGAAAAGGAUGGGGAUACUUUCAUACACCCAUCAGUUUGUUUACCAAGUGCACCGCCUCUCCUUGAAGCGGAAGCUUUGAAUUAUAGUACUUACAGGGAGGUACUUCUAGCAGAACCUCCGGAAUGGUUGCCAGAUAGUUAUUCUACUGUUUGCAUGCAAUGCAAUUCCUCUUUCACAGCUCUCACUCGUGGAAGGCAUCAUUGUCGGUUUUGUGGGGGGCUUUUCUGCAAAGAUUGCUCGCGGGGAAGAUGUUUGCUGCCUAUAAAGUUCAGAGUGCGGGACCCACAAAGAGUUUGUGAUGCUUGCUAUGAGAGGCUCGAUCCGCUGCAGGGCAUAUUGAUUAGCUACAUAAGUAAUGCCACACAGUCAGCAAAGCAUGAUGUUACGGAUUGGACAUGCACUAGAGGGUGGUUGAAUUUGCCUAUUGGCUUAUCGAUGGAAUAUGAGAUAUAUAAGUCCGCAAAUACUUUGAGAAGUUAUUGCCAGGUUGGUAGAUUAAACCCUGAGAAUUCUAUUCCCUCUGCAGUGCUUAAAGGAGCAAAUGGGCUUGCCAUACUAACAGUUGCUAAGGCUGGUGCACUUGUCACGUACAAAGUUGGUACUGGUCUAGUGGUUUCUAGGAGGUCUGAUGGAUCAUGGUCUGCUCCAUCUGCAAUAUUAUCUGUUGGACUAGGAUGGGGACUGCAGUUUGGAGGAGAACUUGUGGACUUCAUCAUUGUGCUCCAUGGCCAAAAAGCUGUUAAGGCAUUUAGUAGUACCAUGCAUGUUUCUCUUGGGGCUGGUGUCAAUAUUGCGGCAGGACCUGUUGGAAGAGCUCUUGAGGCAGAUCUUCGAGCUGGCAACAAAGGUUCCGGAAUGUGUUAUACUUACAGUUGCAGCAAAGGGGCUUUUGUUGGGGUUUCAUUGGAAGGGAACGUUGUUGCGACUAGGACCGAGACUAAUCUCAGCUUCUACGGUGAUCCUUAUUUGACCACCCACGACAUCCUCUUUGGGCAGGUGGAGAGGCCCCGAGCUGCUGCACCAUUAUACACAGCUCUCCACGAGCUAUACUCAAAAAUGGGAUGUUAGCUUACGUCCUUUUUCUUUUGUACAUAUCAUUCUUCUUUUAUCGUCUUUUCCAUAUCAUCCCCCUAGUUAGUCGCAUUCAUUGGUAUUCUGAAAUAAAUCAUGUAAAUAUCCAGUAGGCUUGCACAGAAUAAUCUUCAUGCGGUCGAUGUGUUUGAACGGUUUGAUUGUGGAAUAAAUUGUAAAUAUUUGAACAUAUUCAUUCA